AUGUCUUGCGCGCCCCACAAGCCGCCAAUCCUGAAAGUCUGCAGAAACACUCUCAUAACGAAAAGCAAGAAUUCUGAAUUGGCCAAACGUGCGAGCGUUGCGCAUAACCCGAAACCAUAUGCCAUCUCCACGAUGACCAUGGAACAGCAGCGAAGCGAUUUGAAGGAAGCGCUCACUGAAAUGGGCUACGAAGACGCUGACGUGGAAAGCGCAAUAGCUGCGGGUGUAGAAUCUGUCUGGCAGGCUGUCGAAUACAUCCGUGGUUUACAAUUGCCACCGGAAGACACCCCAAUGAACUUUCCCGCACUCUCGAAUCCGAAAGUCACCGCAUCUUCCACAUCAUCCCAUCCUAGUCAAAACACCGGAACUCAGUUUCGAACAGCACGCGAUUCUUUGGAUGGCUUGCAUGGCGCUCGACAAAAUACCAUUUCGCCAAAUCCGCAGACAUCUAACUACGCCAUAAAGAAGGCCUCAGAAAUGGAGCAAGUCAUGGAAAUAUCGCGAAAGGAGCAGGAUGAGCGAGAUCUCGCUGAGGCCAUGGAAUUGUCCAAGCGGGCGGAACAGUCUGCACGGCAAAACACUAGUGACGAUCCACAGAUGCUUCGCGCUCUUGAGGAAAGUCUCAAAGAUGGCCCACAUUUACAGGUGCAGGACCGGUCGGUGACAUGGCAACGGCAAGGUUAUGGAGAUGGGAUGGAGAACCUACGCACAGCGGACGAACCUGUCGGCUUGCGCAAUAUUGGCAAUACCUGCUACUUGAAUUCCUUGUUGCAAGUGUAUUAUCAUCUUCCAGAUUUCCGCCGUGCAAUCCUGUCUUUCCGACCCCCCGAGGAUUUUGAAUCCAAAUCGGAACAGGACAUAUCAUAUUCCCCAGGACAGCCACGUUUCCAGCAGCCAGUGCUUAACGAGCAACCGUUGGACGAUCGCAACGAUCAUGAGCGCAUUGAAAGGGUUAUCGAGGCCUCGCAAUUGAAACAAUCAUUCGAAGACUUCGCGACGGAUGAACCCCCUAGGGUCUCUGAACCCCCGCAAGAUGACCAGCAACAAGGUCCUGACGAAAAUCAACAAGAGCUUGCAGCGGAAGACACUAAAGAAGACUGGCAAUAUUCGGAAGUGACUAGUGCGGUGCAUUUUGUUGCCGAAUUGCAAAAGCUCUUUGCUGCAAUGGCAUUGAGCAACUCCACUUGUGUGGACCCUUCUGGCGUUGCGCGUACCAUGCGCCGUCCAAACGGGGAUCCGAUUGUCAUCGGAGCUCAGCAAGAUGCAUAUGAGUUUAACCAUUUGUUUUUGGACAUUGUAGAAAAGGGAUUAAAGGGACUAUCUACAAUAGAAGAGUCUGUCGAAGUAGAGGCGGCUAAGAAUUCAGAGUCACAAGGACAAGAUAGUUCCUUCGAUGGGAUGGACGAAGCCAAGGUGUCUGGAAAUAUUGUCAAAGAUUUGUUCACAUUAAGAUUUCGCCAAGAGCUUUGCCGUGACGCGCAUGAUGGAAACACUGGUGAACGGCCGAAGGGAACUAUCCGAACUGGCGAAACUAGUGAAAUCGUUGUUAACGCUACCGCGAAUGAGUACCGCAGCUUGCACAGUGGUCUUGAUGACUAUGCAUUUGCUCGAAUAGAGUACGAGAUGUCACAAUCAAGCGAAGCUAUUGCUUGUGCCUUGGACCCUCCGGUUGUGGGGUCGGUGCCGUUUGUGGAUGAGAAGAGAUCCGAGUCAUCUACAUCCGCAACAAAGAGUGUUUGGUUUACGAGAAUGCCUCCGGUUAUGGUUAUUUAUUUGCAGAGAAUAACGUACAACAAAGACAUUUCUCAGGCCGAAAAGAUGAACGAGGAGUACAAGUUUCCCUGUCACAUAUACUUUGAUCGGUAUCUCGAUAAGAACAAGGCUGAGUCUAUUCGUGCGAGGACGACUGUGCAGAGAUUACGCAGAGAGCGAGAUCACUUGGUUUCAAUGUCGAAGCAGUACGAAAACUUUUCUUCUUACCGAAAUGAAACUACAAAAUGCAAAGUGAGCAUCGGUGCUCCCACUGAAAUGGAUAUUUCGGAAUCUGCUUCCCCUGAGGCCCGCUCUUCAGAGCGCAUCCCACGGGCUACAAGCACAGACGCUUCUUCGAGAAUUUCUGAUGGAAAGACUCGGGCAGUGGAGCAAAAUAUAUUUACGGCGUUCAACGCAGUGCAGUCUCGGCUCCGGGAAGGUAUCAACGGGUCCUCGGAGUUGUUCGCGGUAGAUGGAUUGUCCAGGGAGGAAAUAGAGGAGUCUUUAGACAUUCUGACACGCGUAGUUCAACAAGAUCGGAGCAAGUAUGAAGCUCUUCAGUUGAAGACGAGGGCGCUUGACGAGGAAGAAGAAGAAGCUUACAAAGAGCUCGAGAGAGUGAAAUAUCAAUUGCAUGCAGUGCUUGUCCAUGACGGAGGUCCAUCCGGCGGGCACUAUUGGACAUUCAUUCGAAACUGGAACGCGAAGGAGGAUUCUCAUUCUUGGAUGAAAUUAAGCGAUUCGGUAGUGACGCAUGUAUCGGAAAAAGAGAUGCUGUCGUGGUCUGUGGGAGGCAGGAGUAGGGCCUCUGCAUAUUGCCUUAUUUAUGCUGUAGAAUCUAGUCUGGAGGGCAAUUACAAAAACGGUGGGAGUAUAUCUGAAGAAAGCCGCCAAUUAUUGCCUGCUGAUCGCAUUAAUGAGGUAGCUCGUGCACACGGAUGUCAGUCUCGACAGCCAAACAUUUGCGAUGAUGAAACUUUAACGGAUUCCGUAGCGUGGAGGCAAGAUGUGAUUUGUUCAGUGGGUUACACCACCGGGGUUGUUGAGGGAAUGGCGGACGAGAUGACAUGGUGUGCCCUCUCGUAA